AUGGGCCGCGGCGGGGCGAUCGGGCGGCCCUACGACGCGCCGGGCGAGGCGAUCGGCACCACCUCCUCCGCGCCCUGGGCAGAGGGCAAGAAGCUGCUGCCGCGCGUGCCCGCCCGCCGCCUGUCGGUUGGCUCGUGGAGCGCUGCGCCGGUGGCGCUCGAGCUCGACUGGGAGAAUGGCAGGCUGGUCCUCGAGUGCCCGCAGGGCCAGUUGGAGGCGCGAUGGGCCGACCUGAGCGGCGAGCUGCGCCCGCACGGCGGCGAUGCGGAGCAGCUCGUCCUCGACCUCUCGCGCCCCCCGCAGUUCCUGCAGCGGCCGCCGCCGGAGCCCGAUGCGGCGGGAGAGGAGGGCGGGUACGUGUACACGACGGACUUCACCGGGGGUGAGGCGUCGCAGGUCGGCCGUUAUCUCGUCCAGCUACCACGGGGCGCCCUCAGCGCGCACGACGACGCGCUGCGGCGCGCAGGCAUCCGGGUGCGGCGUGGCGGAGCUGUCCUCGGCGCGGGCGGGAAGGCCAGCCUCGGCCCGCUCUCUCCUGCGCGGCGGAAGCCGCCGAGCAGCAGCCCGCGUCUCGACGCCAUCACCCUGCAGGAGCAGCUCGAGCGCGCGCUGCGCGAGCGGCAAGCGCGCCCAACCGGCAUCUGCCCCGUCCGCGAGGCGCUGCAUGGCGCAUUGCUCGAGGAGCUGGCCGGUACCAUUGCGCGCGACGAGCCCCGUCGGGGGACGCUGCUGCGGCGCGUCGCCGGCGAGGCGCGCAUGACCAUUGACGCCUACCGUACCGUCUACGAAAAGUCGCUCCUCUUCGGGGCCUCCAAGCUCUCCGAGGCCGCCGCGCUCAAGGGCAACCUCGAGGGCCGGAUCGCGGAGCUGCAGGCGGAGACGGCGAGCUUGGCCGACGAGGUGCGAUCGCUCACCGACCUGUGCGAGUCGCUGGAGCAUCGCGCGCAGCGGGCCGAGGCGCAGGCGGAGGCCGAGACGCACGACGCAUCCGCACUCCGAGCGGAGGGGGAGCAGCUCCAGGGACUGCUCGACGCGCUGCGGCCGGGCUGA